CUUUUUACGAAAGUGUGUUCUGCCCCAAUCCGUGUGUGUGUGUUUGAAUACAAAGUGUUGCCUUAAAACGUGUUUUCCGAGGCAGAGUGUAUGCGGUGUGACAUUUGAACUCCCAUUUGUUUCCCAUCUAAACUUUUCCCACCUCAAGGGUGGUUGGAUUGAAGGGAAAAGUGGCACAUUCUUGUAAUGUGUUGGAGAAAAUGACUUUAGGAAAGGGGGGGUAGGAAAGAUCAUUAGAUGCCACAGGGAGGGGAAGAAAAUGCUUUACCUUUAGUGCUUCUGGGUAUUAAAGCGCUUUGGAAGACGAAAGAGAUUGCUUAAGGAAUAUUGCAUGCAUCAUCAGCAAAGAUAUGGUAGAAUUGUAUGAGCAAUCUUGCCAAUAUACAGUCAGCAGGUACUGCAGCAUUCCAUGAGCUUAAAAUAUGCUGCAUACGAAUAAGAAGCUUCUGCUUCGAACGAGUUGUAAUUCCCUGUUUGUUAGUGAAACCACACCACCCGUAGAUGAUUCAUCGGUGCAUUGGGAUCUCGGAGUGCCAAUGGUGUGCAAUUAUUCAAACAGCUGUUGGUUGGUCUGUAGUCUUAUCUAUCAUCCGUGAACGUCCGACACACAUCCCGAGUAACUGACGGAUGUGGUGGUAUGAACCCUAGAAGAGAGCCAAUUCACUAUAAUAAUGUGUGGCAUUGCAACAACUAUAAUUUUCUCUACUGAUAGAGCGUUGUGAAGGUGGUUUGCUGUUUCCAUUAUCUGUUAGGUUGUGCUCAAACUGACUGCGGCGAGUCAGUGUGUUGGUCGUGCACGCGAUUGCAGCGGUAAGUGUUUCAAUGUCACUGACGCGGUGUGACGCAACAACACGUCCAGUUUCUCUCACACCACCGCCACAAGCCGCCAUCAACACGCCGCAACCCUUUGCGCAAUUGAAAGACACACUGGAGUUGUCAGUAGAAAUGAAAACUCUCCAAAGACAAAGAUCAGCAACAACAGCAUUGAUCAAGUCAAGGAAGGCAUUCAUUUCGCAAAUGUGUGUGGUGAGAGAUAGCACCCUCCUCCGUUAUCGUGGCUCCGGGAUCACAGCUGUGUGUUUAUUCAAACUGUGUGCUGUGAGAGUGUACGCUGUGGUGUAUUCUAGGUCUGGGUCAUAGUGUAUGUGGGAGUAUCUCACCAGACCGGGAAGCGACGCGAGUUCAUAUUGUAGCCACUUCUCUUUACCACAAUCAAUUCGAAGAGAGAUACCGAUCGACUCAGCUAAGGAGUGCUGUGUGGUGUCCCUCUGUUGCAGCGUGGCUCCACUGUACACACACGGGUACUGAGCGAGGCGGUUUGCUUAUCGUCGGUGUUACCCUUGCUUUUGAUAAGAGCGAGUUGCGGGUGUUUGUGUAACACACUGAUAAGGAGAGCGUGAAGUGAAAACUGUGUUUAAAGUUCUGUGCCAAAUGCGGAGCUAAUAUACUCGGUUGCGUACACAAACGGAUGUCAACCAUGAGGUCUUUCGUAGCGAGGAACAAGGGUUCAUGGAUCUGUUUGGCAAAGCUCGUCGUCCGUUGAACUGUAAUCUGUGGCAGAGAGGAAUAGAGAGCAUCCGAGCGAGUAGUUCCGUUUAGCUCCAAAUCCAUCGUUGAGAGCUUCUUCGUCGGGUCCAGCGCUACAAAUUGCUCUGCCAGUUUUAUUCCUACUACGCCGCGUCCGACUGGAAGACAUGCAUCAUUAUCGUUAAAAGAUAGCCGCAAAGAACAGCAGGGUGCCGAAUUCUGUGUGCCGCAAGACUGCGAAAUAAACGCGCCUAGGAAGAACGAAUUUAUUGCAGAAGUGUCUGUAAGAGACCGACCGCGCCCCCCCCCCCCCCCCGUCUAGGCCAAACCCCGUUAAUCCUCACGCAGCAAAAAUGGUGGACUAUUACAAAAUUCUGGAUGUGUCCAGAACAGCGACAGAGGCUGAAAUAAAAAAAGCGUACAAAAAAUUAGCCCUACGAUGGCAUCCAGACAAAAAUAUGGACAAUCCAGAAGAAUCCAACAGACGGUUUAAGGAAAUUUCAGAAGCCUACGAAGUACUGUCCGAUGCAUACAAACGACACAUCUACGACAGUCGGGGCACGCGGAAAAGUGCAACCGGUACGGGUGGCGGCAGCACCGGCAGCUACACUGCCUUCACCAACCGCGACUACAGCCGCAACGGAGGCUACGACCAUUACCAUCACCAUCGUUACGGGUCGGGCAGUGGCCGGUACUACGGGUCAACCGGUGGCCGGGAGAAUGGCGGUAGCAGCAGUCGUACGUUUUCGUUUAGAGGAUUUUUUGAGACGACGCCGUUUUUCCGCUUCUUUGAAAAGAAACGACGCAUCUACGAUCAGUACGGCAAGGAUGGGCUGAUGAACAAUGGAUCCGAUCGCUACCAUCAGAGCACGCGACACCGCCGGCACAACGGUAGCAGCGGCAUGGACGACUUCGAGUUCUUCGGCUUCCCGUUCACAUUCCGCGACCCAGAGGAUGUGUUCCGAGAGUUCUUCGGUGGAUCACCAUUCGAUGAGUUGUUUAGAAUUAGUCAACCGGUGCACCAGCACGGCCGGCGGGCAAACGGCGCCACCAACGGCCAUCAUCACCAUCAUCAGCGACACUCGCACCCGCAAAACGUCAUCUCGUCACCGUUCAUGACGCCGCUGAUGAGCUUCAGCCUGAUGGAUGACUUCUUCAGCGGGGCACCGCGGGGCGGCAUGAGCUCCGUGUCCGAGUACACCAUCGGUGGGGGCGGUCCCGUCAAGCGUACCUCCACCUCGACCACCUUCAUCAAUGGCAAGAAGCUGAUGACGAAAAAGGUGUACGAGAACGGUACGGAAACCAUCAUGUCCUACGAGAACGAUGUACUAAAAUCAAAGACUGUAAAUGGGGUCGCUCAAGCUAUACCAUACAACCAUUAAUUCGCUGAGAAAUAAUUAGCCGGCUAUCCGACGAGAGGGAAAGAAGAAAAAAAAACACAGAGCUAAAGAGAGAGAGAGAUAGAAAGAGAGUUGCAGCGUGGCAGCGAUCGAAAGCAGCAGAAUGGAAGUAAGCAGGAUGGCUAAACAAACAAUUAUUUUCUCAUAGCUACCGUAGGAUUAGUGAUACACAUAAUAAUUAUAAUUAAUAAUAUGUAGACCAUUGCGGAUAUGUAAUGACUGUUUGUGUGUGUGUGUGUCUGUGAGCGCGCUAAAUGGAGUUCAAUUGCGGGUUUUUUGUCAUUUUUGUCGGGUGCGGUUGUUGUAAAUGAAAGGAAGAAAAGGGCAAGACAGGGCACAGACAGAAUUUGCUCAGAAUCGUAGUGUGUGUGUGUGUGUGAGAGAGAGAGAGAGAGAGAGAGAAAAGGAAGUGGUUUUGUAGUGUGAACUGUUUUUAAAAAGCAAGAAGGAUAUCACAAAACGGUCAAUGGGGAAAUCCCGUAGAGCAACUACUCAGUCUCAGGCUGCAACAGAAUGAUACUUUACUUUAUGAAAUGUGUAACGUGCAGGGUCUUAUUUGAAUUUUGAGCCUUAAUUAAAAUCCAAUUAGAAUAAAUUUCGCAGAAGUGGAUUAGACAUGAAUAACACAUUUCGUUUCAAGUUUCAACGGCCCGCGAAUCAUCAUUCAAAUUAGUUAGAAUAGUCUUUGCAACCGAUUUAAGUGAAUUAUUCGUAUGAUUUUGAAAAGCAGUUUAAGGGGAAAUAUGUUGCUGACCGCACUGACACACACUCUGGAGGACGAUUUUAAUAAUCAUAUUGAGCUCUUCUCAUUAGACACGAACGACGCUGUGUGUUUGGAUGGCUGUAACCUACUCAAUAUUCACAGUAAUCGCAGAAAUAAUACCACUUUAAUACAACCCACAGUAGAGAGAAUGAAGUGAGGAGGGUGAGGCAUAGCUAAGCAGUGAAUUAUCCAUAGGAAAAAAAGAGAACAAACACAAAGCGAGGCAAUUGUAUUCCUGGUUCUUCAUUUAGCUAAAUAGUUUCCAAUUAGUUACUUAGUUUGGUUGCUGUUAUAAUGAAUUCAGUAUACCCCCUCCGCCCCUCCCAUCUCAGAUAACUAGAGAAGGAUUGUAGUAAAAACAGGUGAAAGAGAGGAUUCCCAAGGACAUGAUUUUGUAAUUCUUAACUAUUGCCGAAAAGCACAACGCGCAUUGAACCGAUUUUGAAUUAAAAUACACAGACACACACCCACACACAAUCCAUGCACCUUUAACAAAUGAGAAGAAAUGUGCCCCUCCUAGUAUAAACAGUUUUUCUCUCGAUCGAGCUCUGCUGGGGGAAAUGAGCGUAAAUUUCCUCACAAAGUGUGCAAAAAGCGCUAACGCAAAACAAAAAGCUGCUGUCUGCCACACGUGCCGUGCGCACCACGUGCUGACAUUCUUCAUCCUGCCGCGUGUGUGUGUGUUAGUAGAGUCGCGUUUUAGCAAAAGGAGGAAACAUAACACACAAUACCACCACACCUGCGUGCGCGCUGUACUGUAUAAUAUGUUCAUUUAUUAAUAUUUGUUGUGUAUGUUUCGUUUGUAGGUUUAAUUUUCGAAUAAGGAUUUCGCUUAUUUUGUAAGAGCGCGCUAAACACAAAAAUAACAAAAUGAAGCGAGAGAAAGAGAGAGAGCGAGCGUGUGUGGAAUUUGGUGAAAGAAGUUGUGUCCGAUCGUGUGUUUGUGUGUUGGUCCGGAUGUGGUUCACAUGGGAGGGUUCCCUUUCCCCAUUACCAAGAACGGCCAAUUUGAAAUGAGACGAAAAUACACAAAAAUGCAGUUUAGAUCCAGAUUAACUCUCUCGCGUACUUGUUAGUAGUUCAUCUCAAAUGUUCUUGGUUUUAAAACUGCCGUUCAUGCGCAGCUUAGAAACCUUCGGAUGAAAAGUUGAGAACGUGAAAUUUGUGUCGCGCGCCAUCUAUUGGUGGGGCACUUUACUGUACUAGAUGGUAACAGAAAGAGAGAGUUGUAGCUGGAUUUGAACUCGCAAACCUUUUACCCCACUCAAA